AUGAUCAGCACGGGGACGACAAAGGUCCUCAAGCACAUAAAGUUUGCGCACGACGAGCCCGAGCACAGACAGCGCGUCGAGAAGGAGAUUCAGCUCAUGCGUCAACUCUCGGGACACGCAAACAUUGUAGCGCUCGAUGACGCGGAGAUUGGCGACGGGCAGGCGCUCCUGCUGAUGGAGCCAGUGCCACGACAAUUCUGCACAUAUUUGGCGACGCGUGCAAGGCCGUCGCGCACAUGCACUACCAGCGGCCACCCUGUGCUGCACCGCGAUUUGAAAGUGGAGAAUAUCUUGGUUGGCGACAGCGACUACAAGCUGUGCGACUUUGGAUCGGCCACAGACCAGCUGGUGCAACCCGACAGACGUGUGGCGCGUGACCAGGUCGUGGCGCUGGAAGAAGAAAUCCAGCGGUACACAACGCUAGAAUACCGCGCGCCCGAGAUGAUCGACCUGUAUUUGCAGCGCGGCAUCACUGAAAAGGCAGACAUCUGGGCACUGGGCGUGCUUCUGUAUAAGCUGUGCUACUACUGCACACCGUUUGACAAUGCAUCGCCUCUGGCCAUCCUGAAUGCCGAGUACUCGAUCCCAGAACGGCCAUCGUACUCGAAGCAGCUGAAGCACAUUUUCCAGAUCACCAUGCGGGAGGAGCCGCGCGAGCGCUGCACAAUCUACACGCUGUGUGCAUAUGUAUGCGGACUGCGCGGCGAGCAGUGUAUGCUUGAAGACAUCUAUGCUAGCCCUCCAUCGUCGCCGGCUGGAACGCCUAUGAUGCACAGCAUAUCGAAUAAGCAGCUCAAGGUCGGGGACUCCCGGCGCAGCAUCAGCCAAAGCGGUAUGCGGCGAAGCAGACGCCAGCUGCGGACGACUUUUGCAGACCAGAACGCGAUUACCGAGCUGGACUCGGAUGCAAUUGUGCCGAUGCGCCGUGGGCGGCCGACAAAGAAGCCCGAUGCGACAGGAGCUGCCGUAUCGGCGCUACCGAGUGCCAAAUCAACUGCAUUCGAUGCGGCAACGCCACCCCCAAAGCCGGCACGCCUCUACAGUGCAAGCAAGGUUGGCUUCAAGUCAAAGAUGGACUAUGUUUCACCGUACCCGUCCCACAUGUCGAUGAGCCAGCCGACAACGCCGGUAAACCACCAGGAGACCACCAGCGGCCUGGGCAUCUACAGCAAGACGGAGCGCGCAUCAGGGCCGGGUAAGGAAAGCAGGGACACGUUGCCGGUUAGUGCACACACAACAUUGGACGGCCUGGAGAGCCUGUCGAUGGACUUUGUCGAGGGCGCUGUGUUUGGGUCGACGCGGCGGACAUCAAUGGUGCGGCGCAAGCCCAGCCAGCGCACCAGCGUCGCCUCCAGCCCGGCAUCGGCCUUCAGCGAUGUGGCCACACCCAUGCCAGCCGACAAUGUGCGUGGGACGCCGCAUGCAGAAGCUGUGGCGCAGUCAGGGCAGCCACCGAUUCUGCCAAAUUUUGUUCACCAGCCCUUACCUCCUCCGCCGCAGUCCGCUGGCAGCGGGCUGGCCGCAAACAAUCUCCAAGCCCAUGGCGCUCAGACCGUGCAGCUGGCGUCGCCUCCCGUUUCAAGAAAAUCGCUGGGUGCUCCGGACGACGCCAUAGCGUCGCCAUUGUCCAUGGACACACUGUUGCGACAAGGGCAGCAGCAGCUGCAGACAAUGCCGAGUGACGCGCAGUUUGGCGUGUCACCCAGCAACAACCUUGACGAUGCAUUCGACACUUCACACAAUGGGUGGGAUGUGCGGCAGAGCAUCGGUGCGCAAAGCAACAAUUCGCUUCGGCUAUCGACCAUUCUAGAAGCAUACCAGGACAUGGACCUGGGCGAGAGCGACAUGAACAAGUCGGCUGUGCCACAGCCGAAGGCCCGUGUAAAGUCCAUCUACGACAUGACAUGGGACAAGCUGGAGGGCGACAGCAACCGCUACAGCACAUUGUUCGACGACCAGCUGUUCAAUGCCAAGGCGCAGUAUGCAAAGCAGCGCACAUCGCCCUCGGAGGAGGCGCAGAACAGCUGGAAGUCGAUGCCAGCCAGUACCCUCGACGAUAUGCUGAGUCGUAUGGAGGAGUACAACAAGCAGCUCACACCAACCACACCGGCGGCUAAAUCAGACCUGUGGGCAACCCAGCCGCCCACCCAGCCGCCCACCCAGCCACCUCCAGCACUCGCUGCGGUGCCCGAGGAGGCGGAUGUGCUGCCUGUUGACACCGGCCAGCUCGAUAUUGACGAGCUGGUGCGCCGGGCAGGCGACCGCAACCGCAAGAAACUUGUAGCCCAAAACAACCGCCGGUCGAUGUACAUUUCGAACAACGCCGCAUUGGCUGCAACGGCUGAGCUCCUGCCCGAGGACGUCGACGACGGGAUGCGGGUUCUGUCAGACAAUGAAAUGGAGGAUCUGCUGCAAAAGAUGGACAUGUACAACCGCGAGCUGCUGAACGAGCAGGAAAAGUGGCAGGCACCGAGCGAGGCUGGCAUGGACGGAAAGGUUGAUUUGACCAAGAUCGACCAGGUGCUGGAGAUGACCAACGACCGCCUGCUGCGGGAGGAGCAGCAGAACGCGAUUCGCCAGAGCGAGCCCCAGGCUGCCAAGCCCAAAGCCAGCGGGCUGUUCGACAAGGUCAAGUCGGUCGCCAUGGCCAAGUUUGCAAAGCCGGCUGUCAGCCCCGUGCUGUCAGCGGCUGCUGCUGAGCAUGGCUCAACGCCGGUUGGCCAUACCCCUGCGUCCGGCUGA